GUCGAGGGCUUACCCUGCAGAGCCGUUGGCUCUCGACUGCUUCUCCAACUUCCGCAGCUGGGCGUGGACGGCCCGCCAGUCGGGAAGGCCCGAAAGGACGGCAGCAUGCUCCUCGAGGUCGACGAGUGGAUUCGCGAGCUCUUCGACGCCACGCCCCCCCGAGCAGGGACAACUUGCCCAACCGGCUUCGACGCGAGCGCCGCUGCCGACGCUCUCAGUGAGCACAGGCCUUGGUUAUGGCAAGGCUUCGCCACCGAGAAGGAGGUUCAAGACGCUGCAGCGGAGAUGGAUGAUCUCCGGGAGAGGGGAGUGCUGAAGGCUGCGAAUGCAGACACGACCGGAGCGCAGAAGGCUCGCAGUGACCGUGUCGCAUUUCUGGAGCUGGACGACGAGAAGCCUCCAAACUGUCUUCAGCUUUUUCGGCGAAUGGAGGCGGCAGUUGCCACACUACGAUGGAGCGAGGGAGGCCAGCUGCUGCGCCCAAAGUUCGGCAUGGCAGCAGUCUACGACAAAGGCGGAAGCUACGCUCCGCAUCGCGACAAUGAGCGCACUGGCCAAAGACUUCGCCAGUGGGUGAACUUCCGCGCAUUGACGGCAGUGAUCUAUGUCAACCCAUCCGGCUUCACCUCUCCAGAGGAUGGCGGGCAUCUGCGGUGUCAUCUGGGAGCAAAGACCGAUGAUCUCAGCGGGGCCACCGCCCUCGAAGUGCAGGAUGUUGCUCCUCGGGGUGGCCUUGCCGUUCUGUUUCCUGCGCGGCGCGUCCUGCACGAGGUCCUGCCUAGCUUCCGGCAGCGCUAUGCGUUGACGCUCUGGUUCGUGGCUCCGGGAGCCGGCCUCGAUUGA